AUGGCGGCAACGGCCACGGCCACCCGCCGCCUCCGCGACCUCCAAUCGCAACCAGGCAACAAAGCAUGCGUCGACUGCGCCCAGCGAAACCCUCAAUGGGCCUCCGUCUCCUACGGCGUGUUCAUGUGUCUAGAAUGUUCCGGAAAGCACCGGGGCCUCGGGGUUCACAUAAGCUUCGUCCGAUCGGUUACCAUGGACUCCUGGUCGGAGGCCCAGCUGAGGAAGAUGGAGGCCGGCGGCAACGACACCUUCAACCAUUUCCUCUCUCGGUACGGAAUCCCGAAGGAGACCGACAUCGUCACGAAGUACAACACCGACGCCGCCGCCAUCUACCGAGAUCGAAUCCAGGCACUUGCUGAAGGGCAACAAUGGAGAGACCCGACGCCGGUGAAAGAAACACUCAACUCCGGCAACAAAUCAAACAAACCUCCACCGCGUCAAAACCCAUCAUCCUCAAACAACAGCUCAACCUGGGACAACUGGGACACAGAAGAGCCCAAACGCACCAGCAUUAGAAAAAACCACUCUGUCAGCGAUUUCAGAGGCGACGGAGGAAGAGGGGAGCCGUCGAGGUCAAUGUCGACGCAGGAUAUUUACACGAGAGCCCAGUUGGAGGCGUCGGCAGCGAAUAAAGACGACUUCUUUGCGAGGAGAAUGGCGGAGAACGGGGCGAAGCCGGAGGGGCUGCCUCCGUCGCAGGGCGGGAAGUAUGUUGGUUUCGGGUCGAGCCCGGUGAACCCGGUUCACCGGAGUAGUUCUCAGGGGGAUAUGUUCUCUGUUGUCUCUCAGGGAUUUGGCAGGCUAUCCUCGGUUGCAGCUUCUGCUGCUCAGUCUGCAGCUAACGUUGUCCAAGCUGGCACAAGGGAACUCACUUCCAAGGUGACAGAUGGGGGGUACGAUAACAAAGUAAACGAAACGGUAAGUGUGGUAACCACAAAAACCUCCGAAAUCGGGCACAAAACUUGGGGAAUCAUGAAAGGGGUCGUCGCGCUGGCAUCAACAAAGGUCGAGGAAUUCACCAAUGGCGAUGACUGGCGACGCGACGAGAAUCAAAGGGACGGUUGCGGCCAGGAGUUUGAUAACGAGGACAACGCCCAGAACGCGACUAAAGGGAGGUCAUCGACGAGGGGGCACAGUUCGAAAGGUUCAGGAUCCUGGGAUGAUUGGAAUGAGAGAGAAAGGGGCGAGUCGUCGAGUAGGAGGAGCCACAGUGGCGAGAGUUGGGAUGGAUGGGAUGAUCCAAAGGAUGAUGGAUAUGGUGAUUGUUCACAUAGCUCGUCGAGCAAGGGGGAUACUCGGGGUGGGAAAUCUGCUGGUUCAUAUUGGACAGAGGGCGGGUUUCGCUAGUCCAUUGGAACUCAGAGUUCGACGCCGUGGAGUAGGGAGUUAAUAUCUUUGGACAGGAAAUCACGGUAGCAUGUAAUUUAUGCUGUUCAGCAGCAAAAACUUUGCUCCUACUUCAUGUAAUCAACGGUACAGCAUAUGAAGAGCGACCGUACAGAAAAGCAUUUAUCAGGAGCAUCAUAACAAUUUUUUUUUUUUAACGAGCUUAAACAAAAGGGACCUCAUUAACUUAGAAUCAGAGCUUUGCUGUUCAUAUUAGUUUAUGUUGGAUAAAAUUAUUUCGUUUUGCUCGCUGAUGGGACUCCGAAGAAAUACCAAAUGUUACGGAGUUUCUCAAUGACAUUGUUGAUGAUUCUAGCCAUAAGCAGCCUAUUUGUAUUU